AUGACCUUAGCGCCCUUAGAUGCCUCCAAAGUCAAGAUUACCACCACCGAACACCCAUCGGAGCCAAAACCAAACGACCAGCUGGUCUUUGGUAGAAGCUUCACCGACCACAUGCUAACUGUGGAGUGGACCGCGGCAAACGGGUGGGACGUCCCGGAGAUCAAGCCCUACCAGAAUCUGUCACUGGACCCAUCCGCGUACGUGUUCCACUAUGCUUUUGAGCUGUUCGAAGGUAUGAAGGCUUACAGGACAGUUGACAAUAAAAUCACAAUGUUCCGCCCAGACAUGAACAUGAAGCGUAUGAAUAAGUCUGCCCAACGAAUUUGUCUGCCAGCUUUCGACUCGGAGGAGUUAAUUGCCUUGAUUGCAAAGCUGAUCCAACAAGAUAAGCGUUUGAUUCCGGAGGGAAAGGGCUACUCUUUGUACAUCAGGCCGACUAUGAUUGGCACUACGGCCGGCCUGGGUGUCUCCACGCCAGACAGAGCCUUGCUAUAUGUCAUUUGUUCCCCCGUGGGCCCUUACUACAAGACCGGUUUCAAAGCGGUUAGGCUGGAAGCCACUGAUUACGCCACAAGGGCUUGGCCGGGCGGCUGUGGUGACAAGAAAUUGGGCGCCAACUAUGCUCCUUGCGUCCUACCACAGUUGCAGGCCGCCUCAAGAGGUUACCAACAGAACUUGUGGUUGUUUGGCCCAGAGAAUAAUAUCACUGAAGUAGGCACCAUGAACGCAUUCUUUGUCUUCAAAGACACCGAAACAGGCAAGAAGGAACUGGUCACUGCCCCAUUGGACGGCACCAUUCUGGAAGGUGUCACGAGAGAUUCCAUAUUAACCCUCGCCAAGGAAAGGCUCGAUUUAGAUGAAUGGACUAUUAGUGAACGCUACUGCACCAUAGGCGAAGUUUCUGAGAGAUCCAAAAAAGGCGAACUAGUAGAGGCUUUCGGUUCUGGUACAGCUGCCAUCGUUUCUCCCAUCAAAGAAAUCGGCUGGAAGGGCGAACCUAUCAACAUCCCAUUACUGCCCGGCGAGCAAACGGGACCAUUGACCAAGGAAGUUGCCCAAUGGAUUAACCAAAUCCAAUACGGCGAAGUUGAACAUGGCAAUUGGUCAAGGGUCAUCACCGAUUUGAACUGA